ACAACUUGUGGGUUCUAUCUGUGUUCUUCUUUUUAAAUUCUAUUUUGAUGAGAAGCCAACUCUCCGGCGUCUCCGCUACUCAAGCUCUCCAUCGUCUUUUCUGUCACUAACACAUCAUCACUACCCUAUCAAUAUUAUCAACUUCCGUUUCACUCAUUGGCCGCAUAAACAAUUACUUCACUCUCAAAAGCUAGCUAUUAUCAUAAACCAAGGGUCAUGGUUGGAUUUAAGAAUCGGUACAUGGUGGUGGAGGUGAACUUGAAUCCCAAUAGAGAUUUAGGGACAGAUGAUCCCAUAAUAAUAACCGCAUAUAAUGUGACUAAAGCAAUUAAAGACAACAUUCUCAUCAACUUUGGUGAGUGUGGUCUUGCUUCUUCUUUAGGAUCUCUCCAAGUUAAGUAUGUGAAUCAUAUCACAAAGAUAUGUAUCAUUCGAGCUUCAAGAGAGGAAUACCAAAAAGUUUGGUCCGCAAUCACCAUGGUGAGGAGUAUUGGAAAUGUGCCAGUUGUAAUUAACUUAUUGGACCUGACUGGAAGCAUUAAGGCAUGUAAAAAUGCUGCACUGAAGUGUGAAGAAUCAAAAUUUGAGCAGUACAAACUUGUGGCUGGUGCUUCUCUAUCAGCUGUUGUUAGCAAGCAGAUGCAAGACUUUAUUGAGAAAAUAAAAAUGUUGGAGCAUUAGAAGUUGUUCAUCUUAGCUUGGCAAAAUGCUUGGUGUGGCUUGUAUACAUUUACUAUGAUUACAAACAUGUCUCUUUUAGGUUGUGCCUCAAAAUUCAAGGACUUAUUGGCAACACUUCAUGUCAAUGUUGUCUAAGGCUUGUAACUUAAAGGUUCUAACAUCUAGUUGAUAUAGGUAAAAUGGCAGCUUUGCAAAGAAUUGAGUCUCCAUAUCCUUGUUUUCUAAAGUAACCGGGGAUGGGUAAGUCGAGUAUAGUCAUCAAUCCUCACCGUUAUGCUUUCGUCAGUGAGGAAUAUACCUCUAUUGGGGACUUACCUGAUGUGGAAUUUCUUUUUCUAUUAUAGAAUUCAAUGAUAGGGCCUAAUGUAAGGCUUGGUUGGGUAGGCUUAUAAAAGUUUAUUUUGGGUUUUAAAA